UCGUGGAGUUUUUGUUUGGACACCAUGGAGUUCCAUACUUGGAAGGGCCUGAUUGUGAUUUUACUGAUCCAUCACUGCAAACCUCAAGCCGAGACCACCCAGGAAACUGAAACAUCUCCCCUGGACCCUGAGCUCUCCCCUGGGGAGGUGGUCCCAGAGGUGGCCCCCCCAAGCCUGAGGGAGGUGGAGGAUGCUGUGCAGGAGGCCUCGAAGCUGGGUGAGGAGCGGGGGGCAGAGGAGGUGCUGAAGGAGCUGCUGGAGAGAGUUGUAGAGGCUGCACUGGGUGAGACAGGCAAAGGAGGAGGAGGAGAGGAGGUGGGGGAGGCUGCGGAGGAGGUCGAGGCCGAGGCUGGGUUUGAAGCGGAUGUGGUGGAGGAGGAGGAGGAGGUCAGCUUCAAGCAGAGGCGGGAGAAGAAAUGGAGGUUGCCGUGGAGAUACCGGUGA